CCAGUUGACACGGCAGUAUAGCAAAUUAGCGGUGGCAUCAACAGGCUGAGCCGACGUGACAUGCUCGGUCUCUUAGGUCUCUCAGAUGCCAAAGGAGGCUUGUUGAGUGGAGACAAAUACAAAACCACUGCCUUCACUGUAGAAUGCCUUACUCUGGAGGAUAUCUGAAGUCUGUGGCCGUGAAUAUAGACCAGCUUCAUCAAAUUCAGCGAUAAUGGGCACCUCAACAUUCAGGGGUUGAUACGCUUUGAGUGCACUAUGCCUUCAGUAGCCUUCCAGGAUCUGUUCUUGAACAUCUACAUGGUCAUCUUCGGCACCGGAAUAUCCGUCUUCAUUUUGAGUCUGAUCGUUUGCUGCUGCUUCAUAAGUAAAUUGCGACACCAAGCCCACUGCGAGAGCUUUGGCUACAAAGUGGUUGUAUUCCAAGGUGAAACAAAGCAGCUGAAUAUUGUGGGGCAAACAUGCGCUGUAUGUUUGGAGGACUACAGGAUAAAAGAUGAGCUUGGGAUGUUGCCAUGUCAACAUGGAUUUCACAAAAGGUGUCUGGUGAAGUGGCUGGAGGUGCGCUGCGUGUGUCCCAUGUGCAACAAACCACUUGCUGCCCCUGCGGAGCAGCUUGCCAGCAUACUGGAUGAGCUGGUGUGAAUACCUGCCAUGACCAUUUGCUUUAACAGACUACGGUUUUGCAAGGGGGCAUUCUUAGCCUUUUUUUUUUUUUUUUUUUUUUUUUUUUUUUUAAAAGAGGCCAACAUGACACUGCAGUUCUGAAAUGAUCAGCAGACGUUCAGAGCUAGCUGGAAAAACACAACUGUUGCAUCUAUUGGUUUAGACGUACUGUUCUGAGACAAUUGAGUUCACGUUCUUAUGCAUGUAAGCUGGGUUGGCUUUUGACCUGAACAUGUUAAAGACAGAAAGCUGGCAUUUUGAGUUGCUGUAAGUACUAUAUUUAAAUUCAAACCAAUUUUUUCCCCAGCUAGCUUUCUCAAACCCAGGACAAUGACUGCAUAUCAACUGUGUUCCAGUUUUGUGAGAAAGCCCACUGAAUUUUAUUAUUAGGUUUAAAGAGCAGAAUUUAGUUUCCAUGAGAUCACAGGUUUGUUCUACUUGUCUGUGCUGAACAGAAUAACACUGCACUAACGUUAAUAUCUGGGGGGGGUUUGUUGGUUAGUUUCUUGAAUUGCAAACUGUCAAACACCGAGAAUUUGAUUUGCCCAAAAAAAAAAAAACCAAACAAAAACAAACAAACACACAUCUUGCUACAACUACUGCAGAAUCUCUAAAGUGCAGUGCUGUUAACACUGUUCAUGUUGCUCCCUACUGGAUAAUGGGAAGAACUGCAAUAGCACUCAAUCACAUCUGAAAUCAAGGUUUAAUAACAUUUGUUCCCAGAAAACUCAGAAUAGGAAUGAUGUUUUGUGGUUUAAAGGCUUUGAGAAUAUUAAACCACUUGAAGAAAUAUACUGUGAUCAAUUUAAAGACAGUCAUACAAAAUAAUCUCGUAUAAGGAAUCUUGUUCCAACUUUAAUCUUUACUUUGUUAAAUGUACUUGCUGUUAAUGCAUAAAAUGAUGCCAUGAUACAUGGAACAAGUAUUUCUUAAGAAGAGAAAUUGCUUAGAAAA